AUGAAUCGGCAACGUGCUGCCGAGAAGGCCUUGCACGAUCAGACGAAUAUUCUCCCGUUUGGGCAACUCAUGGUCGUGUUUACAGGCCUCGCAACAUCUCUGGUGAUUACAUUCGUUGAUCAAAAUGGAAUCAGCGUAACAUUGCCUACGAUCGCUCGGGAUCUGGGUGCCCAGGAUACAAUUUCAUGGGCUGGCACUUCAUCUUUAAUUGCCAAUACCAUGUUCACCGUGCUUUAUGGUCGGCUUUCAGAUAUUUUCGGCCGUAAGGUCGUCUAUCUGUCUGCACUGGUCUUGUUAUGCAUCGCAGACCUCCUAUGUGGGCUUUCUCAAAACCCGGCCAUGUUCUACGUGUUUCGAGGUCUGGCUGGUGUCGCUGGUGGUGGUGUUACCUCUUUAACUAUGAUCAUUGUCUCUGAUGUGGUCACUUUGGAACAACGUGGAAAAUAUCAAGGUAUAUUGGGUGCGUCACUCGGCGUUGGAAACAUCAUCGGGCCGUUCAUUGCUGCGGCAUUCAUUAUGCGCUCAACGUGGCGCGGCUUUUUCUGGAUGAUCUCUCCACUAGCUGCGCUAUCUGCUGUUGUGGGAUACUUCUUAAUCCCGAAUAAUGCACAAAACGACCGUUUCCGAAAGAACAUCUGCCGAAUUGACUGGUACGGUGUGCUGGCUUCAUCUAUUGGUAUCAUAUUCAUUCUGAUUCCAAUUUCUGGCGGUGGAUCGUAUUUCACCUGGGAUUCACCCAUGGUGAUCAGUAUGCUCAUCAUCGGAGGCCUAUCGUUGAUCGCUUUCGCUUUUAUUGAGUGGAAAGUGGCUUCCUUGCCCAUGCUGCCUAUUCAAUUUUUCAAAAACCAAGUGAUCACCGCCCUCUUAUUGCAAAGCUUCCUCCUCGGAGCAGUGUACCAGACUUAUCUCUACUACUUGCCCCUUUAUUACCAAAAUGCUCGUGGCUGGUCCCCCAUCGUCUCUGCUGCUAUGACAGCGCCCAUGGUGGCUUGUCAAUCAAUGGCUUCUAUUUGCUCUGGACAGUAUAUCUCUCGUCUCAAACGAUAUGGCGAGAUAAUUUGGGUGGGCUUUGGCCUCUGGACGUUGGGCGCCGGUCUAAUGUUGCGCUUCAACAAUAACACACACCCAGCCGUCAUUGCAGUUUGUGUCGGUAUCUCCGGCCUAGGAAUCGGCUUCACAUUCCAGCCGACCCUGGUCGCUCUACAAGCACACUGUACCAAAUCGCAGCGUGCUAUAUCCAUUUCUAAUCGGAAUUUCUUCCGCUGCAUGGGUGGUGCGUGUGGUCUGGCAAUCUCCGCUGCCAUCUUACAAGCUACCCUGCGAUCAAACCUUCCGUCAGAAUUUUCCUACCUGACGCAUUCCUCAUACUCGCUUCCAUCGCGGUCUACAUUGACAGACGCUCAGUGGACGUCGAUCCUGCUUGCAUACACCAAGGCCUCCCACGCGGUCUUUAUAUUGCAAGUUCCGCUUAUUGGCGUUAGUUUCCUUGCUUGUGUUUUCGUCCGAGAUAGGGGCCUUGAGCGACCGAAGGAGCCCGAAGAGAUGGAAGAGGAAAAGCGAAAGGCAGAGCAGGCCGAGAGAGAUGCUGAAGCAGCUCUACCAGAGGAAUCGGAGAAUCGCGGCGCUGAAAAUAAAGAGAUCACUGACCGAUGCCAGUCCGUGUCGACUCUUGUGGAGCCAUCCAUGCCCCCAUCUCCCGGCCACAGUCCGGACUCCUCCAGGCAGACCAGUCCCGCUUCGAAAGACCAUAACCCCCGGAAGCGUGGGAGAACCGCGUGCACUCGUUGUAAGACUCGAAAACAAAGAUGCGACAACGAGUAUCCAACUUGUUCCAACUGUCUGAAGGCUGGGGUCACGUGCGACAAGUCCAGCGUGCGCGACGAUGGAGACCGUCAGAAUGACUACACGCGGGCCCUGGAAGAAAGAGUCGCUUUUCUGGAAAAAAAGCUCGGACAGUCCGAGUCACCGGCGAGUUACAAUGCAGGGGCUAACGUCGCACAAUCGGUAUGGUCCCCUCAAGGGGGCCAGACAACCUCGCAGACAGCAGCCUCCGGUCUAGACAACAAUCCAGUCGGAGAAAUCGUGGGCCUCCUAGCUCUUAGCUCCUCCGAGGCUCCAGCCUAUGUCGGUUCGAGCUCCGGCCUAGCAUUGGCUACAAAUCUAGGAGAAAUGGUUCAAACCAGCGUGUGGAACCAGUUCAUCUCGAGGACACAACCGUAUUCAAAUACAGGAGCAAAUACAGGCUCUCAAAAUGCUACAGCUUCCUUGCCAGGAUCGUCUCAGCAGGUUGGCAGUGGCUGCCGGAAUCGGAGUAACGUGGACCCUCCAACGGAUGAGAUGGGGUCCAAGAUGCUUGAGACAUAUUUCAGGCGACUCCAUACACGGUAUCCGUUUUUGGAUCGGAAUCAGAUAUGGAAGAUGCACGAGGAUCGAUGGCGAUUGGCAAAGGCAAAACGCGAAGAUUUGUCACGGUCGGAUCGAUUUGCUAUAUUCAAGCUGAACAUUGUUUAUGCGAUCGGUGCCACGAUGCUCCAGCUUAGCGAGAAGUAUGCAUACACUGCUCCCGAGCGAUACUACACCACCGCCUUGCAGUACGUUCCUACGAUGUGCGAGGCCCGGUCUAUCGAGAACAUAGAGGCAAUGGUUCUUCUUGUUAUAUAUCAUCUGCGCACCGCAUCAAGUCAUGGGAUGUGGUACAUGAUCGGACUCGCGAUGCGCACAGCCAUCGAUCUCGGUCUUCACCGAAAAGCAAAUGAGAUCAAUAUGGAUCCUUUUACUGCUCAGAUGCGAAGGCGUCUGUUCUGGGUUGUCUAUUACCUGGAACGAGUUGUGUCCAUGUCUCUCGGCCGUCCAUUCAGUAUCUCUGACCGAAACAUUGACCUCGACCUACCACUAGACGUGGAUGAUGAUAUCCACGACCCUGCGCUUCUAAUAGCCCCACAAGACCCAAUGAAGACGACAAAUCUGACUUUCCCAAUUUAUCUUUUCAAACUACGCCGGAUUGACUCGCGUAUCCAGCAUAAAAUCUACCGUGCUGACCGACCUCUUUCCGCGUUACGGCUGAAGAUGGACCCCUUGUACCUUGAACUCGAACAGUGGAAAGAAUCGGCCCUCCAAAGGUUCAGUGGCUCGGACCUAGACUACCCUAUGCUCCAUUAUAAUAGGGCCGUGAGACUCUUGAUCCAGCCUUUUCUCCCUAUCCUCCCUAUGACCGACCCCUACUAUCAUAUUUGUCUCCAAGCUGCCGGCGAGAUUUGCCAAUCGCAUAAACGUCUUCACCAAACCCUCGAAUAUGGGCAUUCCUUCCUAGCGGUGCAGACUGUCUUCAUGGCGGGUAUAACCCUGCUAUUCGCUCUCUGGACACAUACAGAUCAAAUUUGGUCCGUUCGAAUAAGCAACGACAUCCGCGCCUGCUCGACUGUGCUUUUCGUUAUGGGCGAGAGAGCAGCAUGGGUGAAGAAGUAUCGAGACGCAUUUGAACUCUUGGUCAAUGCAGCUAUGGAAAAGCUGCAGGGAAAUGAGACCGCGCGGAAUGCAGGCAUGGCCGAGCUCAUGACUGCUCAGCACAGCACCGCGUCUUUGAAUACUACUGUGCCCGGCAUGCCAAGCGUUGAAAAGUUUCCUUCGGCGAAUCUGACGGGGCUAGCGCCCGAGACAGCCGCCGCAACAGCAACCGCGCCUCAAACAUACCCAGCGGAUGAUAGUGAUGAUGCAGUUAGAAUGGCUUUGCAACUUGCGCCCUGGAUUGACCAGGACCAGAAUGACCCCUUGUGGAUGCCAGAUUUCGAGACUCUAGAAACCUUGUCCGGGACGUUCUGGAGUGGAGCCGAUACGACUCUUUUUGACGCGCUAUGA